ACCUUCAUCUCGCCCGUUUUCCGAACCGAACGAAAAAAGAAUCAAAAGACGAACGAAUGAACGAACGAACGAGUAAACUUCCGCAUUCCACUGGAUCGCGAACGAAUAAGUGAACGAGCAAGCGAUCACUUGCCGAUGUAAAUACAGCUGUGAAAAUUACAAAAAUAUAGCCAUGGAACAUUCAGAUUUAGUAGCAGAAAUGGUACAUGUAGAAAGGUUAACAACACAAGAAAGAUUGCAUUUGGCUCGUCACAGAAGACUCCAACAAUUGAAAGUAUGGCGUCAACGUGAAAAAGAAUGGCUACGACAUCAAACCAGACAUACAAGUAACAAACGUCACAUAUAUUUUAGUGACAGUGUAAUGCUAUUAGAAGCUGCAGCAAGAAAUGACAUUGAUGAAGCAUAUGCUUUAGUGAGGCGACUCUUGAAAAAAGGAGUAAAUCCAGAUUCAACUAAUGAAGAUGGACUGACCGCUUUACAUCAGUGUUGUAUAGAUGACAAUGAAGAAAUGAUGAAAUUACUAAUCGAGUUUGGAGCAAAUGUUAAUGCAGAAGAUAGUGAAAAAUGGACACCAUUACAUGCUGCUGCUACCUGUGGUCAUUUACACUUAGUUAAAAAUCUCAUUGCUAGAGGUGCCAAUUUAUUAGCUGUGAAUGCUGAUGGUAAUAUGCCUUAUGAUAUUUGUGAAGACGAAAAAACAUUAGAUUGCAUUGAAGGAGAAAUGGCAAGACGAGGUGUUACUCAAGAAUUAAUAGAUGAAACUAGGGCUUCAAUAGAAGUUCAAAUGUUACGAGAUUUACAAAAUAUAGCUUCUAUAGGUGGUGAUCUAGAAUAUAAAGAUCAUCAAGGUGCUACACCUCUUCACAUUGCAGCUGCAAAUGGUUAUUUAAGGGUAGUUGAAUUUCUUUUAGACCAACAUGUUUCAACUGAUGUCGAAGAUAAUGACAAAUGGCAACCAGUUCAUGCAGCUGCUUGCUGGGGCCAUUUGGAAGUUCUUGAGUUACUAGUACAAAAUGGAGCUGAUCUAAAUGCAAAAAAUAAACACGAUGAAACGCCAGCUGAUAUCUGCGAAGAUCCGGAAAUUAGAGAAAGGAUAGUAGAACUUAAAACAGAACAAGAAAGUAAACGAUUGCGAGAAGCACAGGGAAGACGGGUACGCAGAUCUCAAAGUAUAAAUACACGUACUCAAAGCGUAAGAAGAACUUCGAUAAGGGAUAAGGUUUUGACUACAAAAAAGGAUGCUCAAGAAGAAGCUCGUCUUAGAUUACAAGCGCAACAGACAUACGUUGGCGGUUCGACUACGAAUGUUCCACAAUCGGAAAACGAAGCCAACGUACGAGAAAAUACAAGUAGCGAAACAGAUUCUAAUGUACCACCAACAGCUGCACGUAAAGCUCCUGAGGGGAAGGAUAAUGAAUCUUUCCUUCACGAGGACGUCGAUAAAGAAUCAGUUUUCUAUAUCACUUUCUUAUUUCUUUAAACGUAUUUUUCAACACAGCGAUGUAUUAUUUUUUAACUUCUUACGUGAUUGUACGUUCGAAAUUUUCUCUUGUAACAAUUGAAUUAUUUUUAUGUGCUGUGUAUAUAUAAUAUGUUCUUCUUUUUUUAAAAUAUCUUUAUAGCAUAAAAAUAUUUCUCCGAAUUAAACAUUUUGUGGCAAGGGCUAAAUUGCAUUGGCUUAAUUUUCAGUACUUUUUUGCAAAUAAUAUGUUAGCAUUUGGCAAAGCUUAUUGGUCAUUAUUUGUGAAGAGACAUUAUAAUAAGUUUAACAGUUAAAAACCAAGCUCUUGUAAUGUUGUUUUUAUACUUACUACUUAAAAUGUUCUAAGCUUAAACGCACAUUCAUAGUACACAAAUAACUUAAUACUCUCUCUAUAUAUAUACAAGUAGGAUGAAGACUUUUACUGUAACAGUUUCCCAAAAAAUUACUUUGUGAAGUAAAUAAAGUAUUGCAAAUGUAGCUUCA